AUGGAAAGUCUAAAAAUUCCAGAAUUGGUUCCUUCUGCAGCUGAGGAUUCUCAACAACUAAGGAAAGCUUUUGUAGGAUGGGGAACAGAUGAAGCGUGUAUUAUUAAGAUCUUGGGUCAUCGAAAUGCAGCACAACGAAAGCUAAUCAGAGAAACUUAUGAAGCAACUUAUGAAAAGGAUCUUCUCCAAGACUUGGAUGGAGAAAUAUCAGGUGACUUUCAGCGUAUAGUGCAUUUGUGGACUAUGGCUCCAGCUGAACGCGAUGCAUGCUUGGCUAACGAGGCUAUCAAACAUCUGCCUGGUAGCAACUGCAUUAUCAUGGAAAUUGCUUGUGCCAGGUCUUCUGUUGAUCUCUUUAAGGUGAGGCAGAACUACCAAGCUCGUUACAAGAAAUCGCUUGAAGAAGAUGUUGCUGAUCACUCAACAGGGGAUUUUCGUAAGCUUUUGGUUUCUCUUGUAACUGCAUUAAGAUAUGAGGGAGAAGAGGUGAACAUGGAAUUAGCAAGUGAUGAAGCAAAGAUACUACAUGAGAAGAUCUCUGAUAAGGCUUAUAGUGAUGAGGAGUUCAUCAGAAUUCUUUCGAUUCGGAGUAAAACUCAGCUCAAUGCAACAUUUAAUCAGUACAAUGACAAAUUUGGCAAUGCCAUCAACAAGGAUUUGAGAGCCAAUCCUAAGGAUCAAUACUUGACCUUACUCAGAUCAGCAAUAAAGUGUUUGAUGGAACCCGAGAAGUACUUUGAGAAAGUUCUUCGAUUAGCAAUGAAGGGGUUUGGCACAGACGAAGAGUCUCUUACUAGAGUUGUUGCCACUCGAGCUGAAGUCGAUAUGGAGCUCAUCAAAGAGAAGUACUACAAGAGGAACAGUGUGACUCUGGAGAGUGCAAUUUCUGAUGACACUUCAGGAGACUAUGAGAAAAUGCUUUUAGCCUUAAUUGGCCAUGGAAAUCUUUGAAUGAUACAAGUAUGUUGUAGGAUAUGAGAAGUGUUCCUUAAAUUCUGCAGUUUUUGAGUUUUAGUUCAAGAAUGUGUGGCAUAUGUCCCAUAAGAGUUAGCUUCU